AUGUCUGGAAAGCAAAUUUUGAGGUCCCAGGUUGGAUCUUCCUUACGUGCAUCGCGAACUACGGUAGCUCCCGCAUCCAUACGGUUUCCAACACAGCUAUGCCGACAUAACACGUCUUCGACGAAAACGACAAACGAUGACACGAAAGAUACAAAGGGUGAAGAGAAAGAGCAGGGUGCUAUGGCGCGACGUCUGUCCCAGAUGGCGGAGGACGCUCUGCUGGAAGGCGGGAGCUCAGCCCGUCGCAACAUCGAGCAGGCGGGAUUCUCAGAGGAUUUAAAGCGACAACUGGAAGAGCGAGUAAAGGCGGCAUCUUUCAAGAGCGACAAUGCCGUCGCUCACUCGAUCCUCGAUAUGCCAGCUAGUGCAGGCCAAGGCACUCGAGAAUCCGCAGCAGCUCCUGCAUGGACAGGAACCGAAAGAUUUGAAGAUACUGCUCUACGGAUGCUCGACGAUGCCAGUAAACCCAUCCGAACCCCCUUCCAAAUUCCCCGGCCGGUCAAUCUCCAGCCCGCCCCGAAGCCGAAGCUGUCGCCCGGUGUCCGUAUCGCCAAAGCAAAGGAGCGCACGUCCAAAUAUGCAAUGACUCAAGGUCCUGGAUUAACGGAGGAAGAACGGGAAGUGAUUCGCAAUGAGAUGCGGGAAAAGUUGACACCCGGCGCGAUGGCCAUGCCCAUAUCCAUCUCAGGCCUUUCAUCACUGGCAAACGAACGGAUAGAAGAUGCAAUACGGCGCGGCCAGUUUGAGAAGAUUCGUCGAGGCAAAGGUGUCAAUACAGAGACAGACCACAAUGCUAAUAGUGCUUUUAUCGAUACGACGGAAUACUUCAUGAACAAGAUCAUCCAGAAGCAAGAGAUUGUUCCGCCAUGGAUUGAGAAGCAGCAGCAGAUUUCUAUGGAGCUCAGCCGGUUUCGCGCGCGCAUACGUACUGAGUGGAGGAGACACGCCGCCAGACUCAUUUCUAGCCAGGGCGGGUCCUUGGAAGCACAAAUGCAGCGGGCGAGGGCUUACGCCGCUGCUGAGUUACGAUUAUCAGAGAAGGCGAAGCUAGAAGCAGCACUUCGCAACAGCGCUAGCAACGCUGAUGAGGCUGUUGUUUCUGAAAUAGCAAGCGAUGGCCGAAUCGUGCCAAGGGUCGAAGCUGAAUCCAAGCCGGUCGAAAAGGAGGAACUUCCCCAUCUACCUCCGUUGCGAGAUCCGCAAUAUAUGGAUAUUGAACGGUCUUAUCAUGAGCUUGCUGUGAAACAGUUGAAUUCUCUCACACGGUCAUACAACCUUCAAGCCCCCCGCUCUGCGCAAAAACCGUACACCAACCUCGAGCGCGAGUUGAAAUCUUGCUAUGCAGAUGUCGCUCCACAAUUGGCUGAAGAGAUACGACGGCGUGCAACUGAACGGGCUCGAGGUUCUAGUUCGUCCAUGCGGGCCUCGGCCGAUGCAUUCGGGUCACUUAGUCCUGGACCGACCGUGCGUAUUUACGAUGAGGACAAGAGCAAAUCAUAUGGUUGGAAGGAAAUGUGGAGGGAUCUCUUCACAAAGGAGCAAAGGUGA